AUGAGAAAAGGCUUGGUUGUGCUUCUUACAGAAGAACUCAAGGCAGUGAGAACACAGUUCGUGGCAAGGGUGUCCACGACCAUAAUGGAACAAGUCAUGGAUAAUCUUUUGGAUGAAGAGGUCUUCAAUUCUGGGGAGAGCGAGGCUAUACUUGAUAUGUCGAAGACCCGCGAACAGAAAGCUCGUCUCUUCAUUGAGACGGUGAUUAACAAAGGUGAUGACGCAAGCUGGAAGAUGAUCACUCACCUGUAUAAAAGGGAUAAGAAGCUCGCCAAGGAAUUGGGCCUUCCUGCUCACCUGAAUGCUGUGGUUGACUUGCCAAAUAUGAACCUUGGUGGGGUUGUGUUUCUUACAGAAGAACUCAAGGCAGUGAGAACAGAGUUUGCCAAUAAGGUGUCCUCGACUAUAUUAGAACAAGUUAUGGACAAUCUUUUGGAUGACAAUGUCUUCAAUCCUGGGGAGAGCGAGGCUAUACUUGAUGUGCCGAAGACCAGAGCACAAAAAGCUCGUCACUUCAUUGAGACAGUGAGUAACAAAGGUGAUGACGCAAGCUGGAAGAUGAUCCAUCACCUGUAUAAAAGAGAUCCAAAGCUCGCCAAGGAAUUGGGCCUGCCUGCUCAGUCGCCCCAAGCUGCCUCAUUGAUGGAAAAUAAAUGGUCGUCUACGCUCAUCCCUUGUAAAACGGCCUUUUGGAAUUCCAUGAAGAAUAAUUCAAAGGUUUACCCUGUGACCAAAGAAUCCAUAAAGAAUCGCGUUGCUCUGCUCAUCACCAAUAUAAAGUUUAAGGACAGCAGUCUGAACAGAGAUGGAGCAGAGGCAGAUGAGCAGAACAUGCAUAGACUGUUGCGUGAUUUCGGAUAUGAAGUUGUCCCAUACACAAACUGCACUGGAGAGGAAAUCAAUGAGGCUGUCAUCAAUUUCUCCAAACAUCCCAAACUCCAACACACAGACAGUGUGAUAGUAGUGAUCAUGUCUCAUGGAAAAUUGGGAUCAGUUUGUGGCGUCAACUGGAAUAAAUUUCAAAAGAAUGAUGAUGAAGAUUUGUUUGCCAUCGACAACAUUUUCAAGCACCUUGACCCAAAAAAGUGCCAAGCGCUGUUGGACAAACCCAAGCUCAUCAUCAUCCAGGCCUGCAGAGGAGUUGAAGAGGGCUCAGUGGGCAUCAGGGAUGACGCUAAGGGGCUGGUUUCCGAUAGUGCUCAGCAAGCGGGUCCAUCCGCGUCUGCUGAUGACGCCAACAUCGUGGAGGAUGGCGUACGAUUUGUGCACAAAGAGAAAGAUUUAAUCCUUUUUCUCUCUUGCACCCCUGGUACGGUCUCGUACAGACACCCAAUCAAGGGCUCUCUACUUAUUCAAUUCAUUGUUGAUGCGCUCUACACUCAUGCAUGUGAGGAACAUAUUGAGGAGAUUUUCAGAAUCGUCAUGUAUCGCUUUGGAAAACUGCCAUUUGUGACGAAAAAACAGAUGCCAUCUAAAGAUAGAUGCACCUUGGAAAAGCAGUUCUACCUGUUUCCAGGCAUUGAUUCCUGA